GUCUACUCUAAUAUAGAAGUGGCCCAAGCUUGAUACCCCUGUUUAUGCGGGAGUAAAAAGGUCCAAGGCUCAGUCAAGUUGUCAGCCCGGUCAAUGGAUAAGUGGUCCCGCUUUCCGUGUACUAUUAACCUUGUUGAUUGCUCCAAAUGUUUGGAACUUGCCUCAGUACUUCACCAGAAAUCUCCAGACAAAACUUCCAAGAUGGCUGCCCUCAAUAAAAAAUAUGCGGAAUUGCCAGAUUUGGUAUGUUUCCUGUGCAAAGGUCCUUAUAAGAGCUUCAAUAUCUGACCAAAAUAUUCAAGGAUUCAGCACCAGAUAUUUACGAAACCCCUGAGUUGACAGAGGACAAUUCAACAGCUCCUGUAGGUUACUUCAAAUUAAACUCUUCCCCUGAUUCACUCUAACAUUUUUUAGACUGGCAGAGCUCGUUCCCAAUCAACGUCUUCUUCGUAUGACGAUUUUGAUGAGGAUGACGAGGAGUUGGGAGGGAUAUCCCGUUCGCGAUUACACCCCGAUGAAGCCCGUUCGCAUUUCUCUCCCGCACAGAUAGAUGCACGCGACGUAGACUUUUCAGACAGAGUCGCAGCAAAAAGGAAGUCAUACAAAGCUUCUUCGAGAAGACAGAGGAAAAGACAAGAUGGAACGGAGGAAUUUGGCGAUUUUAGUGAUGAUGAGGAUGGAGAAAGCUUGGAAAGAAAGCUUGCAAGAUUAAGACGUGAAAUCGAGGAAGUUAAGGAAGAAUAUGUAAAGAGAAAUCUAGAGAAGAAGGAUACGGAAGAAGACGGAGAGUCCAUCGAUGGAGAUGAUAUUGCUUCGUUGAGUAAAUUAUUGGAUGGAAUAUCCGCAAAUCAAGGCGACCAAUUUACAAGUGCCGGGGCAAGAUUGGCGAAAGAUUUAGGAACGGGUAUCAAGGCAAAUGGGCCACCACAAACUUCACAAGGAAUGGGAGAACCUUCUACAUAUACUGUUACGUAUGCACCUACAUACCAACAAAGUCAUGCUUUGGCUAAAGCAGCAGAUUUCGAUGCACGAUUGGCACUUCUUGAGAAGGUUCUUGGACUCAACUCGACGAUGGACUCUACUAGUAACUCAAUAGCCGUUCUACCAACUCUCGAUAUUCUCGAAAGACAAGUCUCAAUCCUUACCGAGUCUACGCCAUCAUCUCUUGACAGCAUAAGUCGAAGAGUACGAACAUUGACACAAGAAGCCGAAAAACUCGAAGAAUCUCGAAAGUCGGCCAAGGCUGCGCAAGAAUCUUUGAGAUCAGCUGGAGGAGAAGUUGCACCAGAGGACGGAGAAGAUGCGGAACAGAUUUCGAAGAUAAAUGCGCUUUAUGGGACUUUGCCUACCAUUGAAAAUCUCGCGCCUCUUCUACCAUCCUUACUGGACAGGCUGCGAUCAUUACGAGCUAUCCAUGCAGAUGCGGCUACAGCCAGUGAGAACUUGGACAGAGUGGAGCAAAAACAAGCCGAAAUGACAAACGAUAUCAAGAAAUGGCAAGAAGGCUUAGAGAAAGUUGAGGAAGCAAUUAAACGAGGAGAAACGGCCAUUGGAGGAAAUAUGAAGGUUGUAGAAGGUUGGGUGAAAGAUCUGGAAGAUAAGAUGUCUAAAUUAUAAAUAUAUAAUUAUAGUUAGAAGUGUAAAAGUGUAAAAGUGUCAGCCUUGUUGAUUGCUGCUAGCUCACGUAGGUUAGGCUCUAGCUAGGUCUGCGAGAUACCCAAUCAAAAAGAUGCAUCAAUUCCCACCUCUAUUUACCCCGGAUCUAGCCUUCUACA